AUGUCAAAAGCAGCUGGUCCAUAACAAUUACAUGUUAUCUUGUGUUAUUGUGCUGAAAGAAAUAAGAAUAUCAAAACAUUCAACACACUAAUAAAAAAAUUAACAACUGUAUCAGAUAUCUGGUGUGUCAGUGCUCUGUUUGAAUGGGAAAUGAAAAAACAUGCCACAAACAGAUCGAUAUCCGCCAUGGGUGGGCCUAGUGUACAUUUUCAACCUUAUCGUGGGCACGGGAGCCCUCACUCUGCCCGCAGCGUUCGCCGCUGCCGGAUGGCUGUUCAGCACGCUGAUGUUGGUCUUCUUGGCUUUCGUCAGUUUCAUCACCGUCACGUUCGUGAUAGAGAGCAUGGCUUGUGCCAAUGCGACCGUCACGUGGAGGAAACUUCAGUCGCAUAAAUUUGAUGAAAGUGAGAUACCUGUUGAUUCAGACUCCGAAUUGGACGCCAGCAAUGAAGAGACUGCAAUCCUGAGUGUCAAUAGAAGAUAUUCCUUAUACAAAAUCGAUACCAGAGUUGAAUUAGGUGAAAUUGCAUCCCUCUACCUUAACAAAUUUGGUUAUAUCCUAUUCUUUUCAUCUCUCUGUAUAUACCUAUUCGGAGAUCUGGCUAUAUAUGCAGCAGCGUCCGGUAAAACCAUAGUCAAUUUGAUUUGUAGUACUAGUAAUGACACUGAAGACUAUAUGAUGACAUGCUGGCAAGAUUCUCAGUUCUCCAAAAUGGAUAUGUAUCGCAUUUUUGUUACCAUUUUCGCGCUGUCCGUAGGUCCUUUUGCCUACUUCAACGUACAAAAAACAAAAUAUUUACAAUUGUUUACCAUACUCAUAAGGUGGUGUGCGUUUUUUAUAAUGGUUACCCUAGCCAGUAUUCGUCUGGUGAACCUUGGGCAGCAAGGGCACCCGACCAUGAUGAAUCUGAGCGAGGUACCAGCGCUAGCGGGUUCCAGUGUCUAUAGUUUUAUGUGCCACCAUUCUCUGCCAGGGUUGCUAGCUCCCAUUUCGGAUAAAGGGCGGAUCAUGAAAAAGGUCGGCUACGACUUUUUCCUAAUCUGUUCCUUUUAUCUGCUGCUAGCUUUAACUGGGUCCUUUGCCUUCGCGACCCUAAACGACCUAUAUUCUCUCAAUUUCAUUUAUUAUGAAGAUUCUAGUGUAAUCACGAAAAUAAUCGGGUUCUUUCUUGUGAUAUUUCCUCUCUUCCCGAUGUCUACUAGUUUUCCGAUUAUCGCUAUCACUUUGCAAAGUAACCUCAAGAAUUUAAUGUUGGACCAGAGUGUCCAUACCCCGAAUGUUAUUGUGAAUCGUUUGGUUUUCCCAACCCUUGCGGUAGUGCCUCCAGUAGUCGUAGCUUUGUGUACGCACAACAUCAAAACUCUGGUUGAAAUUACAGGAUCUUAUGCAGGUGUCUUAGUACAAUAUGUUGUUCCAGCUAUUCUUGUUGUUUAUGCGAGAAAACAGUGUGCCAGAGAUUUUGGUUUCAGUAUUCAUAGAUAUACGAGCCCUUUUAGACACUUCUAUUGGUUUUUAUUCGUGAUUUUGUGGUCGAUUGUCAGUUUGAUAUUCGUAACUGUCGAUUUUAUUUUGAAUAAAUGAAUGUCCUCUUUGUGUCUAGUAGCGACCCUUCAACUACGUGGUGUAGUAGAGAAAUUGAUUUUUUGAUAUAGUUACCCAUUACAUCCGGUGUGACUUGGAAAACAGUGAUAAGUCUGAAUGAUAGGUAAUGCUAGUCUAUUCUAUACUCAGAAGUGUUAUGUCCUGUAACAGGGUUGUUAGCUCUCAUAUGGACUCAUGGAAAAAAGCAGAUUCGUUUAUUUUUUGAUUAACGAAAUUUACAAUCUAUUGAUUUACAAUUGAACCACUUCAUUAAAAAUACGAAGACACUCUAGUGGUUCCAAAUUGAAAUAUCUAUGUGGUCAUACUUGGUACGUAUAUUUCACUGAUAUUACCAUUCAAAUAGAAAUCAAAAUCCAAGCCUGUCUUAUGGAAAUACAGACAAUUUCAUUAAUUUCAAAAACCACACCAAUAUGUUGAUACCUGAAAAAAGCGGCAUAUAAAAAAACAGACACAUCAAUAGGGAAUGAUUUGGAACCACUCGAGUGUCUUCUAUCUACGUUUUUG